AUGUACCUAAAAUCAACUCAUUCUCAGCUGGUCGAUGGUGGUCAUCAAUGGGAGAUAACAUUGUUUUGCCACACCGAGGCUAACAGUAUAAUUCAUGUGGACAUCUUACCAAAAUCCAAGAGUUCAAAGGUGGUGCCCAAUGAUGCUAAGCCUGCACCCACGGCGUAUACUAUGACUUACACCACCAGCUCUCGACAGGAAGUUCCACCCGUAAAAUUUACGGCUACAAUAACAUUGAAAAACAAUGAGAAAAAGGUGGUUAGCGUACCGGCCAACAUGGCUACAGAUAGAAAGCGGCGAAAGGCAGAUGGAUUGACCGACGACGAAGAUGGUUCGGACGACAGAACUGGCGAUAAUACGGAUGGUUUUGCAACAGAGAAGCCAAUUAUUCCACAAGAAGAGCCAAUCAAAAGAAAGAGAGGUUUUUGUGCAGUGCUUUGUACUGGCAAAUCAUCAUCGAAAGAGUUAUCGGAGAAGGAUGCAGAGAACGCGCCUGGAUGUUGCUGCGUGAUUAUGUAA